CGCGACGCCCGGGCCGCCACUGUUCUCGCACCUGGACGCUGGCCCUGUGGCAGCUUCCCAGCCACGGUCGCUCGCCGCGGCGGCAGCGGGGGACCUCCCUCUCCAUGGGGCUGAGGGACUGGCUGAGGACCGUGUGCUGCUGCUGCCGGUGGAAGUGCCUGGAGGAGCCCGCCCUGCCGGAGAAGGAGCCUCUGGUCAGUGGUAACAAUCCAUAUUCCUCAUUUGGAGCAACUCUGGAGAGGGAUGAUGAAAAGAAUUUGUGGAGCAUGCCUCACGAUGUGUCGCACACGGAGGCCGACGACGACAGAAUCCUGUACAACCUGAUAGUCGUUCGUAAUCAACAGGCCAAAGAUUCCGAGGAAUGGCAAAAACUCAACUAUGAUAUCUAUGCCCUGCGGCAGAUUCGAAGGGAAGUGAGAAACAGAUGGAAACACAUUUUAGAAGAUUUAGGUUUUCAAAAAGAAGCAGACUCUUUGUUGACAGUUACUAAACUCAGCACCCUCAAUGAUUCUAAAAACAUAGGAAAAGCUCGAGAAAUGUUGUUAAAACUGGCUGAAGAGACCAGUAUUUUUCCAACAAGUUGGGAGCUCUCAGAGAGAUACCUCUUUGUUGUGGACCGUCUCAUUGCUCUUGAUGCUGCAGAAGAAUUCUUUAAAAUUGCCAGUCGAACUUACCCCAAGAAGCAUGGAGUCGUCCCAUGCAUGGCAGAUGGCCAGAAAGAACUGCACUACUUUCCAUUUCCAAGUCCCUAAAGGAAAGACUAAGAGGUAGAAUUGGGAUCCUUCCACUGGGACUCAGUUGCCAACCACAGUUGGACAAUUGCAUGUGGAAGAGAGUGAGCAAGUAGAAGACUUGCUGAGUGAAAAAUGAAGGAUUCUGAAUCCUGCAAAAAUCUAAGGAUCUGAAUAUCUGGACUUCAUAAGGACCUUACUCUAUGAAAUGCUCAGAUUGUGUUGAAAUACCCUGGUGAUCUGGCACUCAGCAAGAGAGUGAAAGAGUUGGUCAAUGGGAUAUUUCAUCAUGGGUGCUUAGAUCCCAAGAAGAACCUACUGCCCCAGUUUGGGUUUGGCUAUACAAUAACCUCCUAUCAUUAAUCCUCUUGGAAUAAUGGGAUGUUCUAGUUAAUGAAACAAUAUAAUUAAUAGAGCUCUCAUAGAGCUCAAACAUGGAUUCCCAAUUUCUAAAUAAUGAUCACGCAAUGUAGGUCAACACCAAAAUAAUACUAGGCAUAGUGUACCUUUCUUUGAUUUGGAAGAACUGCAGACCCUUGGAGGGUGUCAUUGACAUCAUGUUGAGUAUCAGUUAGGAUUAUUGAGAAGUAUAGGUGUACCAGAUAAUAGAGAUGUCUAGGGGCGCUGCUCAGAAGUGAGUUCCAAGUAGAAUAACUCCAAACCAAACAUUCUGCAGCCACCUGUAAAAGUUCUGCCUUCAUUUGUGGCACACGCAUCUUAAAUUCUCACAUUAUUGAUACCAGGUUACCCCUUUUUUGCAUAUUGUUUGUUCAUUACCAGUCCAAAAGCCCUUAACAUUUUAUCUGGGAUAUCAUCUGUAAAUUGAAACACCUGGCCACCACUUACUUUUCUUCCAUUAAUCUGUUUCUAGCUUAUUGGCUGAGAGUUGCACCAGCCCCCGGGGUCUUUCCUGCAGGCUUGCAGCUAUGCAGGCAGUGCUGCACUGAAGAAGGUCAGGCUGGACUCUCUUCACUUACCGGAAGACUCCAAAAUGGAGCCGUGUUGCAAAUGCAGCUUGCUUCUAUACACAGCCUGAGAAGUCCAGCUUUAAAAGUUACUUGCAUCUUAAGCAAGAAGGUUGUCAGGGUAUCAGGGUUCCUUUUAUUGAAAAGACUUCAAGGACAUACAGGAUUCAUCAGUAGAUUACUGUGAAGAAUGACUCCAUUAUUUUACGGAUUUUGCAUUGCAGACUUCAGGUUUAAAAAGUGACCUGUAUUUAGUCUGUUCAGGAGAUUGUGACUCGGGAAUUUCCGUAUCCCGGCUAGCUCUUUUGGUAGUGUUAAAAGAAAAAAAAAAGUUUCAAAUAUUCGUUAGAAGACAUACACGUUCUCCAUUUAUUUAGGCACUGUAGGCCAAUUGAACUGACAUGUUUCAGGAAAAUUCUUCCUAGUUUAGUAAGUAAAUUAAAAGUUUUAUUUUUUAUAUUUAGCUCUUAAUUCCUCACUCAUGUUUCAAAUUAGCCUGCAGAUUUUUUCCACACUUCUGUAGACUUUUGCAAGAUAAAUACAUAAACAGUGAAACAAACAAAAAACACACAACAAAACAAAAAAUCUUUGAAAGUUGUAUUGUUGUAAUCUUUGUACUAAGUACUUGUGUUUUGCCUUUCUGCCUUUUUUGUGUCGAAAUAGAUGAGAUUGUUUGCAGCUACGGAGAAUAAAGCGUUACCAUAGUCUUUCUUUUUGGUAAUGAGUGAACAAGAAUAAGAUUGCCUUUAUGAUUAUAAAAGCAGAGAAUUUCCCAGGAAAUUUUUCUCCCAAGAAAUUAAAAACUUUCUGUAUUUACUUUUCAGUUGGAUGUAUAUGUGUUGUAUUUCUGAGAAGUAAGAAAGAACAGAUGAUCCUUUCCUUAAUUCCUUUAAAUUAAAGGGCAGAGAAGCCUAGAUGGAGAUGGGUUUAAGGACCUUGCCUCAUUCUAAAACCAGUCAAGGGCAGAUCUGUGGUAAAGUUCAGUCCUCCAUGUGGACACUUCAGCGUAUGAGGGAGACUUGAGGAUGACUGAAGUAACUCCUUCAGAAGUCGUAGCCACAGAUGUGUGAGAGGUUGGAGGUUUUCCUGCUGGGUAAAUGUCUCCCUGUUGACUACUGUUCAAGGUUCAUUGGUGUAUGCAGGCUGAUUUCAGCUGUUAUAUGGGCAGAAGUUUUCUAUUAAACUUUUAAUGUAUACCAGGAAAAAAAAUUGUAAUCAGCAAACACCUGAUUUCAUAUUUCGUAGAUAUUAUUGUACAAAAUAUUGAAUAUACCAUGGAAUGCAAGAAGAAUGAACAAAUCUGUCUGGGAAGAAGUAUAGCCAGACUGCUUCUUAGAAGCAAGGAUAUCAAGACUUCAUCUGGCUUACUUUGGACAUGUUAUCAGGAGGGAGCAGUCCCUGGAGAAGGACAUCAUGCUUGGUAAAGUAGAGGGUCAGUGAAAAACAGGAAGACCCUCAACGAGCUGGAUUAACACAGUGGUUGCAAGAAUGGGUGGACAGCAAUGAUUGUGAGGAUGGCCCAGGACUGGGCAGUGUUUUGUUCUAUUGUACAUAGGGUCAUUAUGAAUUGGAACUGACUCAACAGCACCUAGUAACAACAACAUUACACAGAACAAUUAUGUAUGUUUUCUUUAACGGGGCACACAGGAAGGCACAGAGGAUAAGGAAUGCAUUGGUGAGGAUGCACCAACAUCAUUGAGAAGCUCAGCAGUAGCUCUGCAGGUCAGAUGCUGAUACAGAAGUGGGCUCACUGACAGCAGUGGGGAUGCUGGAAUGUCCCCUCAAAGUAAAGGUGAAUCAUUGCAUCUGCCCCUCCCACCUCUAAGAAGGCAGCACGAUGUCUGGUAGGCUUGUUCCUGUUCUGGAGGAAGCAUGUUCCUGUCCUGGAAAUACUGCUUUAUCCCACCUAACUAUGACAUGAAACACUGCCAGCUCCGAAGUAGAAAACUGUUCCAAAGCUGGUCCAAGCUAUGGCCAAGAGGACUGCCAUUUGGGUCAUAGGACCCUGCAGACCCAGUGGUAUUGAAAGUCUUGGUGGUGAGAAAAGAUGCCACAUGGAAUUUAUGGGUAGCCCAGUAGGAGAAUGAUAACCUAGACACCUAGGGUUCUGGAGCAAAGCCAUGCUGUUUUCAGGGGAAGAAUUAUAUAUCAUUGAACAAACAACUUUUGGCUUGCUACUGGGAUUUUUUUGAAACCCUGAUGGCAUAGUGGUUAAGAGCUAUGGCUGCUAACCAAAAUGUCAGGAGUUUGAAUUCACCAAGCACUCCUUGGAAACUAUGGGGCAGUUCUACUCUGUCUGACAGGGUCGAUGAGUCAGAAUCGACUUGAUGGCAACGGGUUUGGCAGUGUUAAGGAAUACUGGCCAGAUAUUUUGUGGAAUGUCCCUCAAUUGGGUUUUGACUGAUUUUUUUUAUGAUUAGAUUGGGGUUAUUUUGGGAGGAAGACCACAGAUACAAUGUCACUCUCAUCCUAUCAAGGGUAUAUGCUAUCGAACGUUAUUUGUCAUUAAUAAUGUUAACCUUGAUCACCUGAACAAAGUAGUGUUUGCCAGGUUUCUCCACUGUAAAGUUGUUCUCCCGGACUCCUUUCCCUACUGUACUAUUUGGAAGGAAGCCACUAUACCUAACCCACUCUUAAGGGGGUGGGCAACUAUGCUCCACUCCCUUGGGGGCAGAGUAUUUACAUGAAUUAUUUGGAAUUUGGCAGCAAUCCAUUUUAAGAUGGAAGUUAUUAUCUGGGAUCAAGCAAGAGCAGGGCCAGAGGACACAGGUAUGUUGCACAAGCAGGUGGCUCAGAGCCCCAAGCCAUCUAUCUACUACUUUUAAACUGGUAUCUCUCAGCUCAUAUCUUUGGCUGCCUGUGAGGGUAGGCUUGGGGAUCCCUUAUGAUAGCUGAGGAGGAAAAAGGUUGGGCUGGGUUCAUGAAUGUGUCAUCUUUGGAUGAGGCUACAAGACAAAAAUAGAUACAGCUGUCCCAAAGCCCACACUGGGAUGGUCCUGACAGCAGUGAGAGGAAAUCUUCCCGGUGAAAACAGCUUUGGGCGGUGCAGCUGCUCAUCCUCUUAUGGACUCAUGGACAGUGGAGAACAGCUUGGCUGUUUGGUUUGAGGCCCUAAAGGAGAAACAUUGGAAGAUGAAGUACGAGGUGAUUUGGGGAAAAGCAUGUAGAAUGGUCUCUGGGGAGAGCGGGGGGCAUAUGAAGAUCUGGCAUUUGAAUGUCCAGCAGAGAAUGUUGCAGAGGAGACACUACAGAACCAAGAAGACAGAAUGAUUCUACUGGCUGAUGUCAGUUAACAGCUGUCAUUGGCCACCCCGAUGCUGGCAGGGUGGGCACAUGAAUGGAGUGGCCGUGGUGGCAGGGAAGGAGGCUAUGUCUGGUCACUUGUGGCUAUGCAUGCCAAGGGAGGGCAGGGAAAGGAGUCACAUUCUUGGCAGGGAAACAUGUCCCUGAGUAUCAGGAGGAGGCAGAGCUGCUAUUACACAAUGGGGGACUGGGAAAGAUAUGUUUGCCAUCCAGGUGAUCCAUUUGAGCAGUUCUUGGUGCUGCCCUGCCCAAUUUGACAGUAAAUGGGCAAGUGCUAAGAUGAGCAUGGUGACCAGCAGCUCAGACCCCACCAGGCGUGAGGGUCAGGGUCACCCACCAUGUAAGGCACCUAAACCAGCUGAGGUGCUAGCCAAGGGUGAGAGGAAUCUAGAAUGGGUAGGGGAAGAGAGGAAUCGUAUUAGUUGUGGCCUUGAGAACAUCUGCAGAAUUGGGGCUGUAGGCUGUUUCAUUAACCUUCUUCAUACAAUUUUCCUCAGGAAAAGAAAUACACCAGAGUCCUGGAGAAGCCUCUUCGAGAACUUACCAUACAAAGCACGUGUAUCUGAGCAGCAGAGGGGGUAGACUGCAUCGGAUGACUCGGUGCACUGCUCAGAUAUGCCCUCUUCAGGACUGAAAUACUCAUUCUCUCAGGGGAGGGCAGUAUUGGUGUCAACUGAGUCCUUCUGGGAAUGGCCAUCAGCUGAUUAGAGUUGCCUUGCCCAAGGUCCCCACCCUGCCUGGGGGCAUCUAUUGACUAGUUGAUGCAGGGGUUACACAGCUCUAGAGCUCUGCAUUGGAUUAGCUGAGGCCUCUGUUGUGACUACAUCUCAGUAAAACUUUUCCUUUUCUCAGCCUUGCCUUCCCUCACGCUUCCCUAAAACCCAAACCAGACCUGUUGGCCAUAGAGUUGAUUCUGUUUCAGAAUGCACCUAUGGGACAGAGUAGAACUGCUCCAUUAGGUUUCUAAGGAGUGGCUGGUAGGCUUGUAUGCCAGUCUCCGUCUUAGAAUCUUUUCCCCAUGGAAUACAAUUAUGACAGUAUCCGAGUCACUAAUCUUUAACUUGAGUUUGCAUUUGUAGCUGUUAUAUUCAUAGUAAUUCUACUUUUUUUUUAGUACAAGCCAGCCAGAACAUUUAUUUGUUGAAAUAGGCAUUAUUUCAUUGUGGAUCAUAUUUAAUGUAUUUAUUUGAUAUUAGUUAGAACAUUUAAAAAGAUUUUUAUCAUAGGUAGGUAUUAUUGUCUGUAAAUUCAUUUAACCUAAGUGGUGAAAUGGUUUUUAAAGGCCAUCAUAAAAGUUACCUUUCUUUGGCUAAGGUAUUAGGUGUAAGCUUCCCUAGGAGUUAGCUGUUUAAGUGCAGUGCUUUCUGGAAGAAGACUGCAUUGACAGCAGCAGAAACUAGUUUAUCUGAUUCCUUUCUAGUGAUCAGAGAGGGAUCAUGACACAAACCUGGUUUCCUUUCAAUUGCAUUAAUGUAUUUGUUCAUUUCUUCAGACCACUUUCUAUUACUGACAUCAUCAGAAAUAUGUUUAAAUUCGAUCAUGUCGCAUUGAAAGCAGUGUGCUCUCAUACUUUCUAAACCACUACCAUGUACAGAAUGAAAAUGGCCAGUCACCUUGAACUUUCUAUUUAUAAUAUUUCAACAAAUGUUAUUAUUGGCUUCCAGAGUCGUCUUCUAUAUUGACUUUUGGCACACCGCAAAUGGACACUUGGAAAACCAAUUUUCAUAUCCCUUAAUGUAUGUUUUAAAAUACUGUGGUGAGGAGAAUUGAAUAUGGGAACCAGGUCUUAGCUUAAGUCUCAUCUUUUGAUCACUUAGUCCUAGUAGCUAAGUGGGGUUCAUCUGAUUUUGCUACUGUUCUAUUUUAUAAGUAUUUCAUGAGAAUGAAUCUGUAAAGAACAGUAUAAUGAAUGCAAAGAUGAAGUUGACGUUUUAUAAUAGCUAGAUAAAGUAUAGACUGACAGGGCCUUACAUUUUUAAGAAGCAACAGCUUUGACUUCUAUAUAAAAUUUACCCUAUAAAUUCUUAAUAGUGUGAAAUAUGUAUAAGUAAACUUUAUCACAUAUCCUAGAGACAUGUAAUUAGCACUUGAAAUAUCUUAAUCUGGAAUCUACUUUCAAGAGAUAGUUACUUAAUCAUUUUAUAGAAAUUUACACUAGAGGGUUCAUUAGGUCGCAUAGGGAUGUUAGGAAUAAUUUUCCAUUUAUAAAAUAAAUAAACCCAUUGCCAUCGAGUCGUUUUCGAGUGAGUAGAACUGCUCCAUAGGGUUUCCAAAGAGCAGCUGGUGGAUUCGAACUGCCACCCUUUUGGUUUGCAGCCAUGCUUUUAACCACUAUCCCAGCAGGGCUCCAUUUACAAAAUGGAUGGUAGUAAAGAUAUGUGGUUAACUAGAAAGACUGGUUUCACCAUCUUUGCAGGAAGAAGACGUUAAGAAUCUGUUGAGCCUGGUGGCACCCAUUUGUCCUUUGUCAGACAACUUCAUAGAGAACUCAGUCACCUGACCUGACAGUAUGGUGUCUGAUCCUGUUAACAGAAUAUUAUUGUGUCUGCCUAAGAAUAAAACUUUCAUUCAAGCCUCAUCUGAACAUUCACUUCAAUAUCGUAGUACCUGAAGACAGAAAGGGGGGAGUGUCUGGGAUUACAGGAACUGAUAGUGUAAAUUCCUGUUAAUACGAAUUCUAUGCUUAGCAGCUUGGGCUAAACUUGCUUUCAUUGUAACAUAUCACCUGGAAGCAAGAUUAUGGAGAAGGAGACAUCUAGUCUUCUUCCACUUCUAAUUGCUGGCUGUCUUAGUCAUCUAGUGCUGCCAUAACAGAAAUCCCACAAGUGGAUGGCUUUAACAAAAAGAAAAUUAUUUCCUCACGGUAAAGUAGGCUGAAAGUCCAAAUUCAAGGCGUCAGCUCCAGGGGAAGUCUUUCUCUCUCUGUUGUCUCUGGAAGAAGGACCUUGUCCUCAAUCUUCCCAUGGUAGAGGAGCUUCUCAGGCUCAGGGACCCCAGAUCCAAAGGACGUGCUCUGCUCCUGGUAGUGCUUUCUUGGUGGUAUGAGGUCCCCAACUCUCUGCUUGUUUCCCUUUCCUUUUUAUCUCUUGAGAGAUAAAAGGUGGUGCAAGCCACGCCCCAGGGAAAGUCUGUUUACAUUGGAUCUUGGGGCUGUGAGCUGGGUAAGGGUGGUGUUACAAUCCCACCCUAAUCCUCUUAACAUAAAACUACAAUCACAAAAUGGAGGACGACCACACAAUACUGGGAAUCAUGGCCUAACCAAGUUGAUACCACACAUUUUUGGGGGGAGAUAAUUCAAUCCAUGACACUGGCGAUCACUGGUAUUUACCAAAUGACUGGUCACAUUGGGUUAGGUCAAUUUCCAGCCCAUUUUUAAAUACAAAAGACGUGAAGAAAAUUUUAAAUAGUACAAAGAAAAAAACCAGCUAUGAUACUAGAAUUCUCACACAACCAUUCAUAGCAUUUUGGCAGCUUUCUUUUUAUUCUUUCUCGUAUGUAUAUUUGUAAAUUGUAUAUCCAGUUUUAUAUCCUAAUUUUUAAAAUUUGGGAUAGGGAUCGUACACUCCAGUGCCUCCAAGGGCCACUGGGUUGGGACUGUGGGUCGAAGGGGUCCUGUGUUCCUUGCCCUAAAGAGAACAGUUACUACUUAGCUCCAAAUGAUUGUUGUCAUACAAAGUAACUCAGUUUUGCCAACUAUUCUGAUUAUUCUAGAAGAGCCAAACAACACGAUGUUUUAUGUAAAUUCUUUCAAUUUUAACAUGUUGGUUACUAAUUAAAAAUUUCAGAAACAUUGUGUAAGCCAAAGACAUAUACAUGAACUAACAGUUUACUACAUUUCACAGACCAUAAACAUUUUUAAUGUUACUAAGUAGCCUCCAAAACAUCAUUUUUAUAAAGUUGCAUAAUACUUAAGUAGAUGUAACAUAUUUUCCAAUCUUUUAUCUCUUUUUGGACAUAUAGAGAUGGCUCCAAUUUUUCCCUGCAGUGAAUACCUUCAUGCACAUUGCUUUCUCAAUAGAAUGAAAGAAUCAAAGGGCGUGAAUGUUUACAUCAUUGUUUACAUACAUCAUCAAACAUUUUCCAUAAGGCUUGUACCAAUUUAUGCUUUUCCUAGCAGUGAUUAUGAGAAUAGAGUUAUACCAUAUCUUUAUCAUCAUUGGAAUAUAUGCCAGUUAAAAAAAAAAUUGUCAAAGAAAAAAAAGGUACCUCCUUGUGGAUACAAUUUGCGUGUCUGUUUAUUAGCGGCACAGAGGUUAAGAGCGCGUCUGCUAACCAAAAGUAUGGCAGUUUGAAUCCAUCAGCUGCUCCUUGGAAGCACUGUGGGGCAGUUCUACUCUGUCCUAUAGGGUCAAGUAGGAAUCGACUCAGUGGCAACAGUCUGUUUAUUAGUUAGGUUAAACAUUAUUCCAUAGGCUUGUUUACCACUUUUGUUUCUUGUCUAUUUUUCCCUUUGUCCCUUGUCUACUGAGAGAACGCCUACUUUGAAAUUUUAACAAUGUCAGUCUAUGCAGCAGCCAGGUAUAAAUAAACAUCAACACCUGCUUCCUGUUUAAAACAACUGUUUCGUGGGGCUUUUCUUUUCUCUACCUGUUGUUAGCUUUUAUCCUUGGGUCUCUCACUGUCUCACAUGGCAACAUCUAUAAUAGAAGCAAAAUGGAUUUGAAAGGCAUCUUUAAAUAUCCUGUGGUGUGGACUAGGAAAACUUUACAGAUUUUGGUUUUAUUACUCUUUUAUUCUAAGACACAUAAUGGUGGCAGUGGGAGCAAAAUACAAGAAAAAAUUAAAUCACCAAAUUUUUCACUUGUUAAUGAACGACCUCAACAGAAAUACAAAAAUGCAGUCUAGAUAUUUUACUGGAGUUAACCUUAUUAGCAUCAUUACUGCAAAUGUUCAAACCUAAUUUUUUGGUCAUAUUAUUGAACAUGCCAUUUGUAUCCAAAGCCAUCUGGUGUCAAUGAAAUACACACAACAAGGAAACUGCUCGCUUUGUUCUAGAAGCCCAGCGCUCGCUUUUAGAUAGUCUGAACAUCCCUCUCUUUUGAAGCUUCUACGUCUUUCUCUGUGGUAGCUGAGCAGGUAGCCUGAAAGGUCUUUCCUCUGAAGCAUAGCAGGGGUUCCAGGCGAAGCCUAAACGAGUAGUUUUUACGGUUCCGCUCUGACACACAAGGUGUUGCCAUGAGUCGGAAUCAACUUGAUGGCAACUGGUUUUAGUAGUUUUGAAACCUGGGGGUCUUGUUAGAAAUCCACGUGUCUGGAUUCCACCUGGGAUAGUCUGAUCCUGUAGGACGAGCAUGGGGCCUGGGAAUAUGCAGUUUUUUUAAAUAAAUAUUUUAUUUUAGAAUGGUUUCAUAUUUAGAGAAAAAAUGUGACGCUAAUACAGAAAAUUCCCAUAUAUCUCAUGCCCAGUUUCUCCAAUUAUUAACAUCCUACAUUAGUGUGGUACAGUCGUCACAUCUAAUGACCCAAAACUGAUACAUUAUUAUUAACUAAAAUCCAUAGUUUAUUCAUAUUUCUUUAGUUUUUACCUGAUGUCGGUUGUCCCAGAAUCCCAUCCAGGAUACCAAAACACAUUUAAUCAUUAUGUCUCCUUAGAUUCCUCUGAAGAUCAUUCAAAAGUGCCUGCAGCAGUCUAUUGACAGGGAACUGCCAUAAGUUCAAGCUGGAUUCAGAAGAGGACACGGAACCAGGGAUAUCAUUACUGAUGUCAGAUGGAUCCUGGCUGAAGGCAGAGAACACCAGAAGGAUGUUUACCUGUAUUUUAUUGGCUAUGCAAAGGCAUUUGACUGUGUGGAUCAUAACAAAUCAUGGAUGACUUUGUGAAGAAUGGGAAUUCCAGAACAGUUAAUUGUGCUCAUGAGGGACCUGUACAUAGAUCAAGAGGCAGUUGUUUGGACAGAACAAGGUGAUACUGUGUGGUUUAAACUCGGGAAAGGUGUGUGUCAGGGUUGUAUUCUUUCACCAUACCUAUUCAAUCUGUAUGCUGAGCAAAUAAUCUGAGAAGCUGGACUAUAUGAAGAAGAACGGGGCAUCAGGAUUGGAGGAAGAAUCGUUAAUAACCUGCUUUAUGCAGAUGACAGAACCUUGCUUGCUGAAAGUGAAGAGGACUUGAAGCACUUACUAAUGAAGAUCAAAGACCACAGCCUUCAGUAUGGAUUGCACCUCUACAUAAAGAAAACAAAAAUCCUCACAACUGGACCAAUGAGCAACAUCAUGAUAACCGGAGAAAAGAUUGAAGUUGUCAAGGAUUUCAUUUUACUUGGAUCUACAAUCAAAACCCAUAGAAGCAGCAGUCAAGAAAUUUGCAUUGGGCAAAUCUGCUGCAAAAGAUCUCUUUAAAGUGUUGAAAAGCAAAGAUGUCACUUUGAAGACUAAGGUGCUCCUGACCAAAGCCAUGUGUUUUCAGUUGCCUAUUAUGCAUGUGAAAGCUGGAUGAUGAAUAAGAAAGACUGAAGAAGAAUCGAUGCCUUUGAAUUACGGCAUUGGCGAAGAAUAUUGAAUAUACCACGGACUGCCAAAAGAAAGAACAAAUCUGUCUUGGAAGAAGUACAACCAGAAUGCUCCUUAGAAGCAAGGAUGGCAAGACUACAUCUUACAUACUUUGGACAUGCUGUCAGGAGGAAUCAGUCCCUGGAGAAGGACAUCAGACUUGGUAGAGGAUCAGCCAAAAAGAGGAAGACCUUCAAUGCGAUGGAUUGACACAGAGGCUGCAACAAUGGGCUUAAGCAUAACAAGGACUGUGAAGAUGGUGCAGGACCCGGCAGUGUUUCAUUCUGUUGUAUGUGGGGUUGUUAUGAGUUGGAACCAAUCCAAAGGCACCUAACAACAACAGGCUUCUCUUGUCUAUGACAGUUUCUCAGACUUACCUUGUCUUUGAGGAGUGCUGGUCAGGUAUUUUUUAAAAUGUACCAAAAUGGGAUUUUUUUGAUAUUUUUUGCUUGAUUAGAUUGGGGUUAUUGGUCUUGGGGAAGAAGACGUAAAGUGCUAUUCUGCUUACAUCAUACCAAGGAUACAUGCUAUCAGCAUGAGUUACUGCUCUUGGUGUUAACCUUGGUCGCCUGGCUAAGGGUAUUUGCAUUUUUAACUCCCCCUAGUCCAGGAGACUGGAAACCCUGGUGGUGUAGUGGUUAAGAUCUAUGGCUGCCAACCAAAAGGUCUGAUCUGCAACCUAACAUGGGGCUGGUGCAGGACUGAGCAGUGUUUUGUUCUGUUACAUGAAGUCACCAUGAGUCACAGGCCACCUUCAUGUCAGCUAACAACUCUAGGAGAUUCCAAUGCACGUUACCUAUGGAGCAAAUUUGGAGGAAGACCCAAUGCAGCGUCUACUCUAGGAUUCAGGCAUGUCUGAGGUUGUCUGAGGGAUUAAUGGGUAUAGUCAGGAUUGGGUUCACCUGUGAGUAAUAGAGAACCCUGCACUUAAGAGGCUUAUUUGUCCGAUGCAACAAGAAGUCUGGGAAUGGAUGGUUCGUGGCUCAACUGUAGUAAUGAGAUCUCGCUCCUCAUUCUUAAUUUGUGACUUUCAUGCUCCUGGCUCCAAAAGGGCUUCUAUAUAUACCUCCAGGCACAGCAUCUACAUCCAGGGAUGGAGAAGAUGGAAGUAGCAAAGGGCAUGCCGGCUACAUCUAUCAGUUUAAAGAAGAGUUCCAUUCACAGAAUAUCAUUAGCCAGAACUGGGUCACCAGGCCAUUCAUGACUACCAGAGAGUCUGGGAAGAAACUGACAACCAUACCUUAUAGCUGAAAUGUCAUUAGUGUGGUUUAUCAGAGAGUAAAAUAAGGAAACUUCUCCUGGUCUCUUACUUGGUCAAAACAGACACGAAUACUUGGUAAGUUCUAUAUCACAGAUGCAUUAUCAUUCUUACUCAAAGCUUUUUAAUGCUAGCUGAUGCUGAGCAAUUACCGUGAGAUUUUCUUCCAAAACGUUAUUUUAGGAUUUCUCAGCUUGGCACUAUUGACAUUUGGGGUGGGACAAUUCUUUGUUGUGGGAGGUUGUCUCCUGAUUGCACGAUGUUUAGCGGCACCCCAGCCUCUACCCCCACACGUUCCCGUAUACCAUCAGCAUUUUGCUGGCAUUGACUCUGGUUAGUUGAACCUUGGGCAGACCGUUGGGUAAACCCUAGGGAGGGAUCAGAAGGGCAUAAAACCUCCCAGAAGAACGACCACACGAGUUUCGCAAAGGAUCUAAUGGCAUCCCCAUCCAAGGAUAUGGUGCCAUCAGCAGGACGCGGAGGGUAGGGCUGAUGCACCUUCAUGGGUAUAGAAGGCAAGGAAGUUGCUUGUCUUUCUUGCUGGGAAAAUGCUACAGGUCUCCUACUCUUUGUAGCUGUCUGUGUUAGGUAAGUUACAUCUUUACCUAUAUUAAAGUACCUUGUAUCCUUUGCCCAGGUCUGCAGGUAACUUUCUGUCAAUUGUCACCUACAAAAACAGAUCUAAAUUUAAAAGGCUUGUGUUGGGAGGGUGUAAGGCUCUGCAAAAAAGUCUUUGGAGCAAGUGGUGGGAUGGGGCUGAAGAGAUGGUGUGGUAGAAGUGGCCAAGGGGGAGCUAGGUGAGGAGGGGAGAGAGAAGGUGGGAGUUCUGGAAGGCUGAGUGGGAUGGGCAUCUAGUUCUUCCCCUCUGUUGUUGUUGUUGAUAGUUGCCAGGUGGUCAAGUCCAACUGAUGUUGAUCCCAUGUGUACAGAGUAGAACUGCUCCCUAGGGUUUUCUUGGCUGUGACCUUUUCAAAGCAGAGUGCCAGGCCUGUCUUCCCAGGAACUUCUGGGUAGGUGUGAACUGCCAGCCUUUUGGGCAGUAGUGAGCUCUUAACCAUUUGCAUCCCUCAGGAACUUCUUCUACCUCAGCCCUGCUUAAAUGGAGAAGCCCCAUUUUUAUCUAUUCCUUGUAACAUUAUCAUUUCAAAUAAUAGUUUUUUUUUCCCUAGUAGGGUUCCGGGAACCCUGGUGGCCUAGUGGUUAAGAGCUACGGCUGCUAACCAAGGUCGGCAGUCUGAAUCCACCAGCUGCUCCUUGGAAACCCUAUGGGGCAGCUCUGCUCUGUCCUAUAGGGUCACUAUGAGUCGGAAUCGACUUGACGGCAAAGGGUUUGGUUUUUGUUUUGUUUUUUUAGUAGGGUUCCAGUCUAGAAAAAAAAGGUUGAAAAUCAUUGGCAUAUAUAGAUCAAAAAUAGCUCCUCAUUUACGGAAUGUAGUAGAUUAAUACGAAGGAGCCCUGGUGGUGCAGUGUUUAAAGUGUUCGGCUGCUAAGCGAACGGUCUGCGGUUGUAGUUUCUCCGGAAGUCACUGUUCAGGAAAUCAGGGGGGAAAAGUUAACGCAAAAUCAAGAUUAUUUCCAAAAAUUGACAUGAUCUCUUUCGUUUACUGAAAGAGAAGCCAGUUAAAUGAUUGUGAAGGUUCUCCUCCAGGGACUCUUAAGGCAUUUUAGCCUGUCAUCGAGCUUGGGUCAGUGGAGAGGUUGAGAUGGGGGUGGGACAAGCCGAGUUACUUAACCUAGAGGUGUGCUCCGAGCCUCUGUAAUGUUCAAUCUCUGGAACUGGAAACAUCUGUAGAAGCAGCACCAUCCACCCUCAGGUGAGCAUGUUUCGAUUAUUUCAACCUGUUGGUGAAAUGUAACUGAUUUGCAUCUUACGUUAACAAAUGGAUUCGCCUACCUGCGUUAAGGAGCUUUGUAGGAGGAUUCUGGUUGACCGCUAGAUGGCGCUGUUGCCUCACGCUGUUGUCUGUCAGCAUCGCGGUUCCCAGCUCCCCACCGGGAGACGCAAAUUUAAGAAAAAGCCCGAGUCAACGCGCAAAUCUCUGUUAUUUUUCUCCCGUUUUGUGAUUAAUUUAGGGGUUUUGUUUUGAUAAUUUUAGAGGUUGUCAUUUCCCAGAAAACAUUUGAUAACUGGCAGAAAAUGAAAAGUCGAAGGGGCAUGGGUGUGGUCACCUCACAGUACUAGAGGCUUGUGAGUAAAAUCAUUUUUGUAACCGAGGUUCUGUCCCAGGAAAGAUUCACGUUACUCUCAGGGCUACUUCUGUGACAUACCAAGUUGUUUUUUGCCUUUGGCAUUUAUUUGAAUAUUAUUAUCAGGUACAUACUUACUGGUUGACUAGGGUGUUGGUGUCAUUUUAAUUUUUUUUUUAAGUUUUUACUAUGGAAAAAUUUAAAUACAAAAAUAGACUAGUACAGUGAACCCCAUGUACCUAUCUGAUCACUUUAAAAGCUACCAAAUUUUACAUAAUCAUCUGUUUAAUCUUCUUAGGCAGGUUUUACCAUCUCCGUGUUCUAGACAGUGAAAUUGAGGGUCAUAGAGAUUAAGCACUGGCCCAGUUUAGUUCAGCUAAUGGUAAGAGUCUGCUUCAAACUCAAGUCUCUUUAUUUCCAACACGUUUGAUUCCUACCAGAGCUGUGUAUCUGAAUAACUAUAUUUGCUUUUGAAGACCAGCCCUAUAUACACAUUUUUAAAAGCUCUUACAAUACAUUUGCAGAAAUCUUCUAAAGAGAGAACAAUUUAUCGUUAGAAUUUCAUUGUAAACCAAAAUAAACCAAACCCAUUGCCGUCAAGUCAAUUCCAACUCAUAGUGACUGUAUAGAACCGUACAGGACAGAGUAGAGCUGCCCCAUAAGGUUUCCUUUUGGUUAGCAGCCAAAUUCUUAACCAGUGUGCCACCAGGGCUUAGCUAGCUUUAUAAUGGGUGUAUAUAUUACAAACGUGUGUGUAUUUAGGCAUUUUAUCCCUUAAAGAAAACAAAGCUACCAGAAGAUAUUUGAAAUCCCUUGGAAGCUGUAAACUGGCACACAUGGACACUGCAAAUGAGGAAGAUGGGACAAGGUAUUCCCCAGCUUGUAUUCCACCCUGGCAAGGUCUUUAUAAAAGAAUUUCUCUGAAUAGCUCACUAAAUUCACAGAACUUGACUAUUUUUAAGUCAAAGCUUUUCUAACUCAUCUUCUUUAUAGCCAGUCAGCUUCUAUCUUCAAAACUAUCUACCAGGCCUUACUUUUGUUAAAGUCCUAAUCCCUUCAGGCAUCCUCUCAUCUCCAGCCAUAGCCAACCACAGAAAGCUGGUCUCCCUUCACUGAGGCCGUCUUCUGUGAUGCCAUUUUACAAAACUUAUCAGGGCCUAUUACGGCACAAAUGUGCUUGACUACUAACCUAGAGGUUGGUGGUUUGAAUCAGGGCUUUGAACUUGCUUGUUCCAAUUUGAACCCCUGCUGAGAAUUUGCAUUUCUAACAAGUUCCCAGGUGAUGCCAAUGCUUCUGGUUAGGGACCAGUUCUGAGAACCAUUAGUAGGGUAGUGAGUCUCAAAAUUUGUUAUGUAUAAGAAGCCCCUGGGGAUCUUGUUAAAAUGUAGAUUCUGAUUCACUAUGUCUGGGGUGGAAAUGCAAAUUUGAAUCUACCCAGCAGUGAUGCAGAAGAAAGGCCUGGCUUUCUGCUUCUGUAAAGAUUACAGCCAAAAAAAAAAAUACCCUAUGGAGCUGUUCUACUCUGUAACACAUGGGGUUGCCAUGAGUCAGAAUCCAAUCUACAGCAACAAGUCUGGUUUGGGUUUAUUAUUACUUUCAUUUUAGUAAACUAAGCAUAAAAGAAACAUGGACCAGUUAAGACCAGUUUCAGACUCUCCGUGAUCUGUUGACAAGUGGUAAAGGGGAUGCUUCUCUCAAAUACAAAAUUGCAAAUAAAGUUGGAAAGCUCUUGCUCCAUUUCAGGCCUCAGCAUUCACUUCUCUUUCUAGAACCUCUUAGUGAAUGAACAAGCAAAUAAAUGAAUGAUUUUUCAGAAGGCUCCAAUGUAUAACGUUUGAAGAAGAUGUCACGGGCAGGCCUGAAGCCUGGGACUGUUAGGGAGGUGUUACACCUGCAAAAAUAACCUGGGAAUACUGACCACUGACUCUCCUUCCAAUAAGCCUUCAAAAUUUUGCUGGCACUAGUUAUUUGUACCUGAGGAGGGAACAAAAAUUCCCCACAUCCAAACUCGUUGCCUUUAAGUUGAUUCUGACUCAUGGCAACCCCAUGUGUUACAGAGUAGAACUGCUACAGAGGGUUUUCUUGGCUUUAAUCUUAACAGAAGCAGAUUGCCAGGCCUUUUUUCCGUGGUGCUGCUGGGUGGGUUGGAACCUCAACCUUUAGGUUAGUAGUUGAGCACAAACCAUUUCUACCACCCAGGGACAAGGAGGGGUCAGGAUAGCAUAAAAUCUCCCAGAAGAAUGUAUAUUUCAUUGUGUGGAUAUACCACAUUUUGUUUAUUCAUUCCACAAUUAAUGGGCAUUUAGGUUGUUUCUACUUUUUGACUGUUGUAAAUAAUGCCGCUAUGAAAAUUUGUGUACAAGUGUGAACAACCAAGAGUUUUGUUUAAAUAUGCUAGUAUGAGGUGUUUAUGGGCAGCUGAGUGGAGGAGCCAUGUUGCUGCCCGUGGUUUCACGCUUUCUACCUACAGCUGACCUCCUCCUGACCUUUGCCAUUGUGUUCAGGAGACUCCAUUCCACUGCACACAAACCAACCCGAAUCCUAACAUCUCCACCUCAGGACUCCUAAAUAUUCAAACACAAGUAAGCCUCUUUAUUUCUUAAAAAAUGUUUGGUUCCUGCCAGAUCUGUGUGUAUGUCUGAACUGUGAUAAAACCCCAAACCAAACCCAUUGCUGUCCAGUCGAUUCUGAUUCAUAGUAAGUGACCCUAUAGGACAGAGUAGAACUGCCCCACAGGGUUUCCAAGGAGCAGCUAGUGGAUUCGAACUGCCGACUUUUUGUUUGGCAGCCAAGCUCUUAACCACUACGCCACCAGGGCUUCUGAAUUGCUGUAUUGUCUGCUAAAUAUUUUGUAAGGAGACACCUCACAGAUGGCCACUUGGUAGACAUUGCAUGUGGGAGUGUCUCACACUGUUGUCCCUCUCAUGGUGAUUUCUCAGGGGAAGGUAUACAGUGGAACGUGUCGUGAGAGGCAGCAUGUCUGGUGAGGAGAUCAGGUCAGCGAGGCAGCCCAUGGUUGUUAUACCAGCUCUCCAGUUCCUAACUGGGGAAAAUUGCUUAUGUUUUCUGAUCCUCAUCUACAAAAUGUCAAUACCUAGUAAUAUUGAUCCUUUUGGGCUGUUCUUAGGAGUAAAUAAGAGGUCGCUCCGCACCAUCCUGGCACAGGGUAAUUUUUCAAAAACUGGUGGUUGUUAUUAUUAUGUAGUCAACUCUCUGUGAGGUACAGCUAAUUUAGCAUGAAUUUUCUUCCCUCUGGCCAGUGUGGCCAUUUACCAAGCCUGUUUAAUCUCACUUUCCUCAUCAGUAACACAUGGAUAAUAAUACAGACCUUGUAGAUUAGUAGAUUAUUAUAAAGAUAAAGUGAGCUAAGAACUCUGAAGGACUUGGCAUAAAAUAUCCUCAAUAAAUGAAAGUUGGUGCCUUGGAAAGAAGUCCUGGUGACCUACUUCUGGAAAAUCAGGCACUGAAAGCCCCGUUGGAGCACAAUUCCACUCGGACGCACGUGGGACCCUCGUGAACUGGAUAACUCAGUAAAAAAACUCAGUGGCAACUGGUUAUUACCAUUCCUUUGUUAACACAUAUCUUCAGACCGUACGUCAGGUACGGUUCUAGUUCUGGUAACUCAGCAGUAACACAUGAUCACUAUCACCUUUGCAAAUCUGGUCUCCAUUGUGAUGCACAAAAAAGAAAGGAGAACUGAGUGUGUCUCCAAUGACGCCUGAGAAGGGACACUGACCGUAUUUCUAUUUUAUCUGGAAACGUGGACUGAAAACUUUGGCCUUUUCCCCAUAGAGGAGCAAACAAACAAAACCCCUUGAAGAACGCAAGCUGCAAGAUCAGAGCCUAUCGGCUCCCUCCCUGUCCUUUCCCUCAUCCCUGCUCAGGUCCCUGGGGCGUCCCACUGUGCAGUCAGGGCUGCCUGCUCACAGACUGCUCUGUCCACUCCUACUCUGUGUCUGUGUGUGUGGUUUUAAUUCAAAUCGCCUGCAAACUUGGAAAUGAUUAUUGAUGUUCUCAACUGUUUACUAAUGUGGCAGCAACUGUGAUUUGUGCUUUAAUAUUUUUCCAAAGCCCAUUUACUUUGUCGAAGUACAGUUCUGAAGUGCUGCAGGGGAUGCCCCAGUGGAGAUGCAAGUGGACCUGUGUGCUGGCUGAUCCAGCAGAAGGUGGCAGCAGAGACACAUUUAUAUAUAGCCUCACCAAGGGAGCCUGGACUUGGACCUUGUAGGCUGGGCUUCUCAUACUCCUGUUGUUGUUAGGCGCCGUCCAGUGGGUUCCGACUCAUACUGACCCUGUGUACAGCAGAAGGAAGCGCUGCCCAGCCCUGCACCAUCCUCAGAUGUUGAGCCCAUUGUUGCAGCCACUCUGUCAAUCCGUCUCAUCGAGGGUCAUCCUGUUUUUCACUGACCUGAGCUCUACUUUACCAAGCAUGGUGUCCUUCUCCAGGGACUGGUCCCUACUGAUAACAAGUCCAAAGGAGCUGAGAUGAAGUCUCGCCAUCCUUGCUUCUAAGGAGUAUUCUGGCUGUACUUCUUCCAAGACAGAUUUAUUCACUCCUCUGGAAGUCCAUGGUAUAUUCAGUAUUCUUUGUCAACACUGUAAUUCAAAGGCGUCAAUUCUUUUUUGGUCUUUCUUAUUCAUUGUCCAGCCUUCACAUGCAUAGAAGGUGAUUGAAAAUAUCAUGAUUUGGGUCAGGUGCACCUUAGUCCUCAAAGUGACAUCUUUGCUUUUUAACCCUUUAAAGAGGUGUUUUCCAGCACAUAUGUCCAAUGCAGUACAUUGUUUGAUUUCUGGAUUGCUGCUUCCAUAGGUAUUGAUUUUGGAUCCGAGUAAAACUGAAAUCCUUGACAACUUCAAUAUUUUCUCUGUUCAUCAUGAUGUUGCUUAUUGGUCCAGUUGGGAGGAUUUUUUGUUCACUCUAUGUUAAGGUGUAAUCCGUACUGAAGGUUGAAGUCUUUGAUCUUUAUUAGUAAGUGCUUCUUCCCAGUCUGUCUUAGUCUGAAAGUUCUACUGAAAUCUUCAUGGUGAUGUUCCUCUUUAGACCUUGAGUAUGGGUGACCCUGCUGGCAUUUGCAAUACUAGUGGCAUAACUUCCAGCAUCACAGCAACACGCAAGCCACCACAGCAUGACAAACUGACAGAGAAGUGGUGGCUUAUACUUGUAUAGUCUUCAAAGCGGAAUUUGUUGUUGCUUUUAUUUUUUUCAUGAAGUCAUCCCGAAUAAUCCACGUAUGUGUUCCUUCUGGUGCAUUGAGAAGUCUAUAUAUCUCUAUGAAGAGGAGAUUUUAAGGGAUUCGUUUGGAAACCUGAGCAAGAUUGUGAUCUGUUUGUUAAUAGGGUCAUACAUUUGGUCAAUAAAUUGUUACCUAUUGACCUUGGGGAACAGAUUUAAAGGAGUCCCGGGGUGGCACAAACACAGUUGAUGUUAAAGGUUGGAGUUUCAAGUCUAUCAGGAAGUGCCUUGGAAGAAAAGCCUGGCAAGCUACUUCUGAAAAAUCAGCAACUGAAAACCCUAUGGAACACAGUUCUACUCUGACACACGUGAGAUCGCCAUGAGUUGGAAUCAACUUGAUGGCAACUGGUACUAGUUAAUAAAUUUGGACGUGUUAUCGGGAGUGACCAGUCCUUGGAGAAGGACACCAUGCUUGGUAAAGAGGAAGACCCUUAAUGAGAUGGAUUGACACAGUGGGUGCAACAAUGGGCUCAAACAUAACGACAUUCACGAGGAUGGCACAGGACUGGGUGGUGUUUCAUUCUGUUGAGCCUAUGAGUCAGAAUUGACUUGAUGGCACCUAACAACAACAAAAAAAGAAGCAAAGUGAUGGUUCCUAACUUACUGGUUUUUAAUAGGGCAUCUUAAGGAUGUUCAUAGGUUUGUCAGCAAUGGAGAACAUCAUAUGAGAAAAGACUUGUGAGAAGAGGAGAGAUGUGAAAAUUGAUAAUAUUAGAUUAUAGGGAUUAAGAUUCUUGCCCUGGCUUCUUUUUUUCAUCUCUGCAAAAGUUAUUAAUGCAAAGCCCUACCACCCCUGCAGGAAGGAACACCCUCUGCAGCUUCCACGGCUUCAUCCAGGGUCUUUGAGAAAAUGUCUGGUUAUAUCACAUGACCCACCACCUGCAACUAGGUGCAUGGUGUGGAUUUGGUAGACAGUUUGACAGGGAAGAAGGGAAUCUGCAGGCACUUUGAAAUCCAUGAGAUGGGUAUAUUUUCCAGCUUCCCUUCUGCCAUACUCCAAAAAGGGGUUUCAAAAACAGCAGGAACAUGCAAUACUAUGAUGAAGUAAAUUGGGAGUGCAAAGGAGAACCUACGGUUCUGGUCCUGUAUACAGCUGGAUCUCUUUCAUGUGCACAUGCGUUUGCAUGCAGGAUCAGUGCCAUAAUUUUCAGGGAUCAGGGCUAGAUGAAAAUGUGGCACCCAUUGUUCACAAUUAUUAAGAAUUUCAGGAUGGUAACAGCAGAGCACUGAGUUAAGUGCAGGGGCCUUCCUGAGCCUGGGGCCAGGUUGCAUACCCAUAGAACCUGCUGUAUGUGUGUGUGUGAGAGAGAGAGAGAGAGCGAGAGCACAAGAGAGAAUGAAGAAACUAGGCUCAUUUAUCCUUUUAAAUACUAUUUAUAUAUAGGCCCCUGGGUGGUGCAAAUGGUUUGCGCUUGCCUACUAACCUGAAGGUUGGUGGUUUGAACCCACCUAGUGGCACCAUGGAAGAGAGCCCUGGCAAUCUGCUUCCAUACAGAUUACAGCCAAGAAAGCCCUGUGGAGCAGUUCUACUCUGUAAUAUAAGGGGUUGCCAUGAGUCGGAAUUGACUUGAUGGCAAUGUGUUUGGUUAGCAGGGUCUCUCUGCCUCAGCACUACUGACAUUUUGGACUCGAUAAUUCUUUGUUGUGAGGGGCUGCCCUGGGCAUUGUAGACAUUUAGCAGCAUCCCUGGCCUCUACCCACCAGAUGCUAGUAGCACCUCCCGCUCCCACUUUCGACAAUCAAAAAUAUCUUCAGACAUUGGCAAUGUAUCCGGGGGGCGGGGGCGGGGGGAGCGCAAAAUCACCCCAGUAGAGAGUAACUUCUUUAAAAUAAGGUUUCACAACAUUUUAAAGAUAGCUUAAUGGUUUAUUUUCCCUCUUUCUUUCCUGUUUUUUCUAUCUAAGCAUGGAGAAAAUAUGAAAUGUACUUUUAGACCUGUACCCAGUGGGUACAGAAUACCAAACACCCAAGCUGGGCUGAUCUGACUUUGGAGACUCCUGCAGGGUUUGAGGCCCACCCUGGAUCUGCAUAUGCAUAGCUUGUCCUGGCUGCCUUAGGUGAAUAUACAUUUCACAGAGUGUCUGUUCUCUGGGCCCUGAAAAUGUAUCCUUUAAUCUUCUUCUCAGAAAACCCCUCAACUCUGGGAGAGGACACCAAAGGCCUUCCUGUGACAGGCAGGGAGAGGGCUGUUUGGAUUGCUAAUUUGUUUUCACUCCUUAGUCUGUUUUUCCUUCAUGGUGAUGUUCCUCUUUAGACCUUGAGUAUGAAUAAUUCCGUUUAGCCUGAGGGGAGAAGCAGGGGGCCUGCUUGGAGAGUUGUUUGUACUAUAAUGAAAUAGAAAGUUUAAAAGCCUAGUGAAGCCUCAGCAGUUGGAAAGGGAGGAAGGUCUAGAACAUACUUUAACACUUACUCAUAAAACAUGGCAAAUUCUGGAAGCCUCUUGGAGGUUUCACUUUAGAAAGGCACCCCCAAGCAGAACUGGCCCCCUAAAUGUCGAGUCUCCAUACAGCAAUCACUUAAAUGCUCAUCCAGAUAGCUUUCAUAACCUUGUGUUUUGUGAACUGUCAUCUCGAAAGCCAAACUAAGUGUUGAUAUUUUCUGGGUUGUGAGUAGUAACUUGAUAACCAGCUGUCUGAAAUAUCUGAUCUCUACUAUUUUGUGUUCAGACAGGUUCUGGCCUGGAAAUGGCUAGGUUUAUUCAAAUUUAAUGCCAAAGAAGUCAAGGAGUUUAGGCUUGGUGCUCUAUUGAGCCUUUGUUGUUGUCGUCAUUGUAAUUGAGUUGAUUCCGAAUCAUGGUGACCCUACCUUGUGCUGUGUAGAACUUCUCCGUAGGGUUUUCAAGGCUGGGACCUUUUGGAAGCAGAUCACCGGGACUGCCUUCCUAGGCAACUCUGUGUGAGUUCAAACCACCAACCUUUUGGCUAGUAGUGAAGCACUUUACCAUUUGCACCACCCAGGGAGCAUGCCUUUAGUUGCAUUAAUUAGUCACAGACUAGAAACCUAGUUCAAGGCAAUCAUCCUGAAAAUACACAGUUCUAAGUGUUGCAUGGCUACAUUCAUCAAAAUCGUUCAUUUAUGUAAAGGUGAUCCCCUCAAGAAGUCUCUGAUGAUACAAAUGAUUAAUAUACUGGCUGAUACCUGAAAGGUUGGUAGUUUGAAUCUACCCAGAGGCUUCUCGGAAGGAAGGCCUGGCAAUCUACUUCUGAAAAUCAGGCAUUGAAACACUAUGGAGCACAGUUCUACUCUGACACACAUCGGGUCACCAUGAGUCAGAGUCGACUCACGGCAACUGGUUAGUUGGCUGGAUCCCUUCAAAACCGUGAACUCUCUGAGGUCUAUGAGUCCUCAGCAAAUAGAACAAUACCUGCUCUGUAGUAAAUGCUCAAUUAAUAUUACACUGAAUUGGUUGAGAGUCAUGUAAGAGACUGGAUGAAAGAGUAAUGUGGAUUAACAGAAACCAUCCUCAUUAAGGGAAAGACAAAUUGCAGAAGAAGGAUUUUUUGUAAGAGAAGGAAGGCAAUAGAGAAGUUUUAGGCCCUUCCUCACCCUCUUCCUGGGAAGGGAUCUUUGACAACUGGAAUUCAUAUAACACACUGGAGUUUUGGUCUGAUGGAUCAUCAAUAUUAGCAAUAGAAAGGUUUAUUUUUCUUUUAGCUCUUUCAUGGUGAGGGAACUGACGAAUCAGAAUAUUCUACUCUCUUCCUUUGAGAUGGAACUGGCUGGUUCAAAGCUUGUGAUGGAAUAAGUAGCUGAAAAGACUGAGAAGAUUUUAGGGGUGGGGCGUUAAGAGGACAAAGGUAGAGAUCUGAGAUGCUCCCUGGUACUCACCUGAGGGGGAUGCCAUGGAUCCCUCAGUUGGGGAAAAUAAAGAACAAAUGUGGACUAUCCUCUGGAUUCCAUGUGUUAAAGUAUAAUUUUUAAAAUAGAGUGUAAUCACAUAUGUCAUUCAGGUAUAAAAUGAACGUGUUAAAAGUUCUAUUUAACUCACUAAUAAAUGAGAGAACAAGCAAGAUGUUACAUUAGUUCAAAGGAGAAUUCAAAGAACCAGUAGAUAAUUCUACGAUUAAUUUACAAAUAGAUGCAUAACUCAUUGGCGGAGGGCAGUGGAAAUCAAUUGUAUUUUCAGGAAACAAUGUUCAUUUGUACAUUGCCAUCGGGUCAGACUCACAGUGACCAGGUAGAACUGUCUCUUAGGGUUUCCAAGGCUAUAAUCUUUACGGAAACAGACUACCACAUCUUUCUUCCGCAGAGCACUUGGGUGGGUUUGAACCACCAACUUUUCAGUUGACAGUUAAGCGUUUACCCACUGUGCAACCACGGCUUCUUGCUAGAAGCUGAGAGGUUGGGAAGUCAACCAAUGAAAGGCACAGAGGACCCACAGAAUCCAGCAACCUGGAAGGGUGAACUUAGACAGUGUCUAGUUUUCCACUGAAGAUACCUGGUCAUCUUAUUGGUCCAUUUCAAAGUCUUACAAUUUUUUCCUACACUUGUAUGUAUUUGAUUGUCUAAUAGUAACAUUUUCUUUCUAGCACCAGCCUCUAGUUUCAGAAAAGAAACUGACCUUUAUCUCCCUGCCCAAACACUGUAACAUGCCGAGGUGAAAUGUUUGUAGGUAGCAUUUAAAACAAGUGGGGAAGGGUGAAGAGGAGGCAAUGGUGUAGCCAUAGGGUGUGUAUAGACAUACUUCCUCAGAGAUUACAGUUACAACUGAGCUUUUAGACCAGGUAUAAACCUAAGGGUUAUAUUGUUCACCCUCUGCUAUCAACUCUAUCCUGGGGGUACAUGAAAAUCUUGAAAGGCAGACAAGCGCAGUCUCACCCUUCCACAGUUCUUUGAGCACUCACGUGAUGUGGCUCUUUGCUAGGUAUUCCAACCCCAAUUAGGCAGAAAAAGUAUCAUAAGAACAGUCCUUGAUGUGACUUGGAGAGUCAGGAGAGCUUGCUUACGUGGAGAGGGAAAAGAAGAUUUUCUAAGUGAAAGGAGCACCAUGAGAAGAAGAUGCUAAGAAAUCUACAAGGUAAUGGUUUUCUAAGAGCGCACUUUAUCUCCUUUCACUGAGCACUCUCAUAAAGAUGGGGGAAAAAUAAAACACCUGAAAAGUCAGUUUUGACUGUUUUUUUGUUGCCCUUAUAGCUCAGAACAAAGGAGGCCAUUUGAAUUUCAGUAGUAAAAAUAGGCAAACAACAACAACAACUUUGCUUUUCUAAGAUGGAGACAUAGUUAGAUGGAAAAGCAAUGUACGUGAAGUGGUCCGGUAUGUGAGUCAUGGGAUCAUGGGUCCCAUUAGUAGUCAUACAAAAAAAUCAAGCUCCAGAUUUGGGGCUGAAAGGUGACCCUCGAGUACCUACCUUCUACAGGACAUUUAGCAGAAGCCACUACUUUGGAUAGUAAAGCUCUAUCUGCUUGCUCACCCGCUUGCUCAUCUUCCUCCAAUAUGUAAACAUUA